AUGCCGGGUACCAAAUGUCAAUACUUUAAUUGUUUUAAAACAACAACACAAUUCCCCAAUAUAUCAAUGUUUCGAAUCCCAAAAGAUGAAAGACGUGAAACUUGGAUAAUUAAUUCUGGAAAUUUAAGUUUAUUGUCACUAGACGAAAAACAGUUGUACAAUCGUUACAUAUGCCAGGAGCAUUUUUCUCCAGAUUAUUUUUUAAAUUAUAAAAACAACAAAUUGAAAUCAAAUGCAAUUCCUUAUAAAUACAAUUCAGACAAAAGCCCAUCUACAUCUUCUGCAGGUAUAGGUGAUGAAGAUGUAGACAAUAUCAACAAACCAUUAACUCCGACUAAAACUUACGGAAGAUCGAGAAAUGAAAAGACUGAGCUUAUAUUUCCAAGCCCAUCUUCUACUACAGAUACCCCUAAAAGAAAAAUUAUAAAUGACUUAAUAAAUAUGCCAACACCAAAUUCAAAAAGGUUGAUUUACUCGGAUGAAGAUGACACACCAAGAAAAAAAAAGUUAAAAUUAAAAAUAGAUCAACAAAAAAUUAAACUACGUAAUAAAAAUAUCCAAGUUUGUAAAUUAAAACAACGUGUAACAAGAUUUAAGACUCGUAACACAUUACGAAGUCUUAUGUAUUCGCAUCAAUUUCGAUCAAAAAAUGCUAGAGCAAUCGUAACAAUGCAACUUAGAAAUAAGAAAAUACCUUGGACACUAGAAGAAAAAAAUCUGGCUUUGACUUUGUUCUACAAAUCCCCAACAGCCUACAAUUUUUUAAGGCUACAAAAUAUAAACUUACCAGCUCCAUCGACCAUUCGUCGUUGGAUCGGACAGUCAAAAUUUUUACCUGGCUUAAGUGGCACAUUUUUUAGUCACAUUAAAAAAAAAUUUGAACAUAAAACAAAUAAUGAAAGAAGUUGCAGUAUAAGUUUUGACGAAAUGUACAUAAAAGAAUUUUUAGAAUAUUCAAAAGACUAUGACUUCAUUGAAGGAUUUGAAGAUUUUGGACAUUAUGGUCGAACAAAUAAAAGUGCGAAUUGUGUAAUGGUUUUUAUGGCUCGAGGAUUGUAUUCGCCGUGGAAAUUUCCAGUUGCGUACUUUUUGGCUCAUUCAGGAGUAAAACAUAAAUUACUAAAAGAUUUAAUAAUUGAUGUCCUAAGUGAAUUAUUUAAAAGCGGAUUGUGUCCUAAAGUAUUGGUUUGUGACCAAGGCACAAACAAUCAGAGUGCAUUAAAGUCGUUAGGCGUAGAUGAAAACAAUCCUUAUUUCUUUGUAGAAAAUAAUAAAAUAUAUUCAAUUUUUGAUGUUCCCCACUUAAUAAAAAGUUUAAGAAAUAAUUUAAUAGGUUGUAGUUUUGAAAAGGACAAUAUGACAGUUGCAGCUUUUAGUGAUAUUGAAGCAACAUAUGAAAUAGACAAAAAAAAUAUAAAAAGUAAAGCUCUCUUAAAAAUCACUGAAGCUCAUAUCAACCCAAGUUCAUUUCAGAAAAUGAGAGUAAAAUUAGCCGUUCAGUUAUUUAGCCACACUAUGGCGUCUACUAUUCGUACUUGUAUUGAAACCAAUGAAUUAAAAAGUAAGACAGCAAAAAACACAGCUGAUUUUGUAGAUUUUAUUGAUAAAUUGUUUGAUUGCUUGAAUAGCAGAACAUUGUAUAGUUCAAAUCCAUACAAUUGCGGAUUAUCUGAUUCCAGUAUUGUAAAACCAUUUUUAAAUGAAGCUAUAAAAUAUUUUAUUAAUUUACAAAAAAAUAAAAAAGGCAAAAUUACUAAACCUCCAUGUUUUAAAGGCACUAUACAAACUAUAACAGGCAUUCUUAAUUUUUUUGAGGAAGAAAAAUCUAAUAACAAUGGAAUCAGUUUUAUAUUCGAUACUUAUUAUUAA